GCUGGGCACAGCGGAACUACUGCCAGCGAAGGGCACCUUGAGCAUGCGCCGGUGACGAGGACGGCCUGGGAAGGGGUGGGCAGGCGCGUGCGCAGUUCGAGUCUACUUACCGCAGAUUUGAAGAGAUGAGCUUGCUGCUGGUCUGUGUGUGUGUAGGGUUCUUGGCAGCUGCCAGCGGCGAAGAAGGUGCAAGGCUUUUAGCCUCCAAGUCCCUGCUCAAUAAAUACGCAGUGGAAGGUCGCGACCUCACGCUGCAGUACAACAUCUACAAUGUCGGCACCAGUGCUGCAUUGGACGUGGAACUCAGUGAUGACUCUUUCCCACCGGAGGACUUUGGAAUCGUAUCUGGAAUGUUGACUGUAAAAUGGGACCGGAUCGCUCCAGCCAGCAACGUUACCCACACGGUGGUGCUCCGACCUCUGAAAGCUGGGUAUUUCAACUUCACCUCUGCGACCAUCUCCUACCUUGCCCAGGAAGGCGGGCAAGUGGUGGUGGGUUACACGAGUGCGCCGGGACAGGGUGGCAUCCUGGCUCAGAGAGAAUUCGAUCGGCGUUUCUCCCCCCAUUACUUGGACUGGGCGGCCUUUGGGGUCAUGACCCUGCCUUCCAUCGGGAUUCCCCUGUUGCUGUGGUACUCGAGCAAGAGAAAAUACGACACGGCCAAGACGAAAAAGAACUGAGCUUCAGGCACAGCAAUCGGAAGAGCAUCGUUUCCCUCUUGUUCACUGGGGCCACGACGAUAUCAACCCACCAACCACCCAGCCUUUAGGCGUGUUCAUUAAUUUAUGAUACAGAUCGUAAUUUAAAUUUCUUUCCCAGCUUGUGAGCCUGACCAGCUUGAUCGUCCAAGCCUUGACCCUUUCUAUAACCUGCUUGUACCCAAUCUUGAGGGUGAUUAAUCCUCCAGUCUAUCUUCUCUUGGAUUCAUAGAACCAGGAUUCUAAAUCUCAACAGGGAAUGACCAUGUCAUGUUAUAAUUACAGCCUCCCACCAUCGGUGGAGCUGUGGCCCCUUAGGCCGGUGUCUCCCAAUUUUGUCACUAAGUCGCCCUCUCAAGCCUUCUUACAUUUGGUUAUAAAUAUACAGUAGCUUGCAACUUAACUUUUUUUUUCCACUCUGCCUUCCAUUAGGCUUUGGCAUGGAGUUCUUUGGUUUCCCUCUGCUGAUACGGUUCAAAAGCAACUGGGGGUCUUUUCCUGAACUAUUAACCCAGAGUUCUGUUUCCCGCUCUCUAACACGCUAACAAUUGUGUAUUUUCCUUCACUGUUUGCCAUUUGUGGUGCUUUGCAGAGAAAGGUGAAUCUCAGCAGAAAGGUUGACCUCUUAUUCUGUGGCGCACUUUCUGUUCCUGCUCUAUAACCCCACUUCUUCGGCCUCCUAGCACACUCCUGUCCUGAAUUCAGAGGACUGGAAAUAUCACUCAUUCAGUCUGGGGAUCAAGUUUCUCUUCGUCGUUCAGCUGCCUUUUAGUCUGCAUUUCUCCUGGCCUUACUGUUGCGUUUUUUCCUUUCAAUUUCAAAUCUGAGGGGCCCUUUUCUUUGGAAAACGAGGACGUUGAAUAUUGCUUAAAUAGUUGCAGCCUUCACCAUCAGAACCAGUGCAAGAAUCUCAAAGGGGACAACAAUUUAUAUUGUGUUAACUCUCCCUUUGAAAUUUGGAAUCUUGCGGCUCAUCAGGACAGCAUUGCAAGAAUGUUAGAUCUCAGAGGGAACAAUAAUUUAUGCUGCACUAAUGCUUCUUUGGAAAUUUGAUAUUCUUCUCAUCAGGACAGAAUAGCAAGAAUACUAGGUUUCAAAGGGAACACAGUUCAUACUGCUUGAGAAACAGGGGGCUCACUCUUUUACAUUCAAUAUAAAUUGUUGUUCCCUUUGGCAUUCUUGCAUCUGUCUUGAUGAGUUCAAGACAAAAAGCCUGGCCAGCACAUCACGUUACGUUGUAUCAGUACUCCCCUGGAUAUGUUCCACCAAAUGAUCAUUUGUUUAAAAAUAAAACAGGGCCUUCCCAAACAGUGGGAGGGUUGGGGAGCAACAAACCACAUGGUCUCAUCCGUUGCCAGAAGCUGGAGGGUAAUUUCUUGAUUGUUAAACCAUUGUGACCCCCAUUAGUGCGACACUUCUGUCGCACUGUGCAUACUUCUGUCCUACACGUGGGGAGAUGGGGGUUCUUUGUUCAUUUUUAAUAAAAAAAAAACCUGAAACUAAAA